AUGUUUAUAAAAUCUUCAUCUUCAGAGACACCAGCUUUGAUUAAUAAUAAUGCAAAAAAAGUUAUAUUAGAGCUUGAUGAUGGUACUUUAUAUCAAGGAUAUUCUUUUGGGGCUGAAAAAUCUGUUUCUGGAGAAUUGGUUUUUCAAACAGGGAUGGUUGGGUAUACUGAGUCUAUUACAGAUCCCUCAUAUCAAGGCCAAAUUCUUGUUCUUACUUUCCCUCUUGUGGGUAAUUAUGGAGUACCUUCUCGAAAAAAGAUGGAUCCUCUAUUUUCAGAUAUUCCUCUUUAUUUUGAAUCUAGAAAGAUUCAUGUUUCCGCUUUAGUAGUUGCAAGUUACUCGCGUUCAUAUUCUCAUUAUCUUUCUGAAAGUACUCUUGGUGAUUGGCUAUAUGAACAAGGUGUUCCUGCAAUUUAUGGAAUAGAUACUCGAGCUCUUACGAAAAAAAUACGAACCAAGGGUUCUAUGCUUGGAAGAUUAUUACAAAUGAAGAAGGAUUGUGUUUUAGGGGAUUUUUCUGAUGAUGAUAUUCUUUGGAGAGAUAAAUUCGAAAAUAUUGAAUGGGUAAAUCCAAAUCUUAGGAAUCUUGUUCAAGAAGUUUCGACUCCUACUGUCCGUAUAUAUAAACCAUCGUCAGAAUGUUCACAAAAAUUGCUUUCUGAUGAGCAACUUCGAGUAUUAUGUGUCGAUGUUGGAAUGAAAGCAAGUCAAAUUCUUUGUUUUUUAAAACGUGGUGUAGAACUUAAAGUUGUUCCAUGGGAUUAUGAUUUCUCUGUGGAAAAAGAUUAUCAUGGUUUGUUUGUUUCUAAUGGUCCAGGAGAUCCUUCUAUUUUAACGGUAGUUAUUGAGCGUUUGAAAAAAUGUAUAGAUGCUAAAAUGACUCCAAUUUUUGGGAUUUGCUUAGGUCAUCAACUUCUUUCAAGAGCAGCUGGUGCUGAAACUGUAAAAAUGAAAUUUGGAAACCGUGGACAAAAUAUUCCGUGUACGAAUAUGAUAAACGGUCGCUGUUAUAUUACUUCGCAAAACCAUGGGUAUGCAGUAGAUGCAUCAACUUUGCCACAGGAUUGGAAAGAACUUUACGUUAAUAUUAAUGAUGGGUCUAAUGAGGGUAUUUAUCAUGCAACUUUGCCUUUUUUUUCUUUACAGUUUCAUCCUGAGUCAUCGCCUGGUCCUAGAGAUACAGAGUUUAUGUUUGAUGUAUUUAUUGAUGUUAUUAAGCGUUCUUUUAAUGAAAAGCGUCUUGUUUCUUUUGAAAUCUCUGAAAAUAAGAUAAAGGAUAAUUUAUCUAAUUUAAAAGAUAAUAUUAAAAAGGUUUUAAUACUUGGUAGUGGUGGUUUAAGUAUUGGACAAGCUGGAGAAUUUGAUUAUUCUGGUAGUCAGGCUAUUAAAGCUUUAAAAGAAGAAGGUAUAUAUACUGUUCUAAUUAAUCCGAAUAUCGCGACUGUGCAGACGUCAAAAGGACUUGCUGAUAAAGUUUAUUUUCUUCCUGUUAAUCCCGAAUUUGUAUUAAAAGUAAUAAAAUAUGAAAUUCCUGAUGCAAUUUAUUUAACAUUUGGGGGACAAACUGCACUUAAUGUAGGAGUACGGCUUAAAGAUGAAUUUGAAAAGUUAGGAGUUCGAGUUCUUGGGACUCCUAUUGAUACUAUUAUUACUACUGAAGAUCGUCAGUUAUUUGCUAAAAGUAUGAAAGAAAUUAAUGAAAAAUGUGCUGUAUCUGCAUCUGCUUCAAAUAUUCAAGACGCUAUGAAAGUCGGAAGUGAUAUUGGAUAUCCUGUUAUUGUUCGGGCUGCAUAUGCUUUAGGUGGUCUUGGAUCGGGUUUUGCUGAUAAUGCUGAACAGUUAUAUGCAUUAUGUAAUAAAGCGUUUGCUGUUAGUCCGCAAGUUUUAAUUGAGAAAAGCAUGAAAGGUUGGAAGGAGAUUGAGUAUGAGGUUGUCCGUGAUUGUAAAGAUAAUUGUAUUACAGUUUGUAAUAUGGAGAAUUUUGACCCACUAGGAAUACAUACAGGAGAUUCUGUUGUAGUUGCACCGUCUCAGACACUUUCUAAUGAAGAUUAUAAUAUGUUACGGACCACCGCUAUAAAUGUUGUCCGGCAUCUUGGUGUUAUUGGUGAAUGUAAUAUUCAAUACGCAUUAAAUCCUUUUCUAAAAGAAUAUUAUAUUAUUGAAGUUAAUGCUAGACUGUCUAGAUCUUCUGCACUUGCUUCUAAAGCUACUGGAUUUCCUCUUGCAUUUAUAGCAGCUAAGCUUGGUCUUGGAAUUACUCUUGAUGAGCUUAAAAAUGCUGUUACAAAAGAGACAUCUACAUGUUUUGAGCCAAGCUUAGAUUAUAUUGUGGUUAAAAUACCGCGUUGGGAUCUUAAGAAAUUUACUCGUGUGAACACUCAACUUAAUUCUUCUAUGAAAUCUGUUGGUGAAGUUAUGAGCAUUGGUCGUACUUUUGAAGAGACUAUUCAAAAAGCAAUUAGAGCUAUUGAUUAUAACAAUCUUGGUUUUAAUGAAACUGAUGCUCUUAUGUCUCUAGAUAUGGAAUUGCAGACUCCAUCUGAUCAACGAAUGUUUGCUAUUGCGAAUGCAAUGUAUGCUGGUUAUUCUGUAAAUAGAAUAUGGGAAUUAACGAAAAUCGAUAAGUGGUUUUUAGAUAGACUUAUGGGAUUGAUAAAUUUAGAAAAAAAAAUUCGUGAAUAUACUCUACAUAAUAUACCUGUAGAACUUAUUUUUCAUGCAAAACGAUUUGGUUAUUCUGAUCGUCAGCUUGCAAAAUUUCUAGGGUCGAAUGAAUUAUCUGUACGUAAAAAAAGAAUUGAUUGUGGUAUUACUCCAUUUGUUAAACAAAUUGAUACUGUUGCUGCUGAAUUUCCUGCUUAUACUAAUUACCUUUAUAUGACCUAUAAUGCAUGUGAGCAUGAUAUAUCUUUUGAAGAUCAUGGUGUAAUGGUUCUUGGCUCUGGUGUAUAUAGAAUUGGAUCUUCAGUAGAAUUCGAUUGGUGUGCUGUUUGUGCUAUAAGAACGGUUCGUGAACGAGGAAUAAAAACUAUUAUGGUUAACUAUAACCCCGAAACUGUUAGCACUGAUUAUGAUGAAGCUGAUCGAUUGUAUUUUGAAAAUAUUAGUCUUGAAAGAGUUCUUGAUAUUUAUGAUAUUGAAAAUUCUAGUGGUAUUAUAGUUUCUAUGGGCGGUCAGAUUCCUAAUAAUAUUGCUCUUUCACUACAUAGACUUAAUGUUAAAAUACUGGGAACAUCUCCAGAGAUGAUUGAUUCUGCAGAGAAUCGAUAUAAAUUUUCUCGAAUGCUAGAUAGAAUUGGAAUAGAUCAACCUCUGUGGAAAGAGCUUACAAGUAUCGAUGAAGCAUCUGAUUUUUGUGAGUCUGUUACUUAUCCUGUCCUUGUUAGGCCAUCUUAUGUAUUAUCUGGUGCUGCUAUGAAUACAGUUUAUUCAAAGGAUGAUUUAGCGAAUUAUCUUAAACAGGCAGUAGAUGUUUCAAAAGAGCAUCCUGUGGUUAUAACAAAAUAUAUAGAGGGUGCGAAAGAAAUAGAGCUAGAUGCUGUUGCAAAAGAUGGCAAAAUGGUUAUUCAUUUUAUUACAGAGCAUGUUGAAAAUGCUGGUGUUCAUUCUGGUGAUGCUACUUUAAUUUUGCCUCCACAAGAUUUAGAUCCUGAAACUGUAUAUCGGAUUGAGCAGGCCGCUAUUCAAAUUGCAAAUGCGUUAAAUGUAACUGGUCCUUUCAAUAUUCAAUUUAUUGCUAAAGAUAAUGAAAUAAAAGUUAUCGAGUGUAACGUUCGUGUAGCAAGGUCAUGGCCUUUUGUAUCGAAAGUUUCUGGUGUUGAUUUAGUUCAAAUAGCUACAGAUGUAAUUUUGGGAUUUUCAUAUAGUUCUUAUCCCGCUAUAAAUAUACCUCACAAUUAUGUCGGUGUAAAAGUUCCUCAAUUUAGUUUCAGUAGGCUUUCUGGAGCAGAUCCUGUUUUAGGAGUAGAAAUGGCAUCCACUGGAGAAGUUGCAUCUUUUGGAAAAGAUAAGUAUGAGGCUUACCUUAAGGCUCUUGUUUCUACAGGAAUACAACUUCCGAAAAAGAAUAUUUUAUUGUCUAUUGGGAGUUUUAAAGAAAAGACAGAAAUGUUGGAAUCUGUAAUUAAAUUGCAUAAACUAGGUUAUACGCUUUUUGCGACUGCUGGAACUGCUGAUUUUAUUCAUGAGCAUGGAAUUCCUGUAAAGUAUCUGGAAGCAUUACCGGAAGAUCAAAAGGGUCAGAAAUCAGAAUAUUCGUUAACUCAACAUCUUUCGAAGAAUUUGAUUGAUAUGUAUAUUAAUUUGCCUUCAAAUAAUCGUUUUAGGCGCCCUGCGAAUUACACUAGUAUUGGAUAUAGGACUCGAAGAAUGGCUGUUGAUUAUUCCAUUCCACUUAUAACCAAUGUUAAAUGUGCAAAACUUAUGAUAGAAGCGUUAUCAAGGAUUUCAUCAAUGGAUAUUUCUCCUGUAGACUUUCAAACUAGUUAUAAGUCUAUAACUUUACCUGGUUUUAUAGAUAUUUCGGCUUUUGUUCCACAGAUAUCAGAAAUCAAUUUUUUUGACUUUGAUGAUGUUUCAAAACGAUAUAUUUCAUCUGGCUUUACAACAAUAUGUUUGAUUCCUAUUGGAUUAAAUGAUUGGGUAAUGAAUGCGAAGUUGAUGCCAAUAAAAGCUUUUGAUUCUAAAAAAUCUGCGCAUUGUGACUUUGCUCUCUUAGUAGUGGCUACUUCUGAUAAUUUGAGUUAUUUGGAUCAAAUAUCUGCAAAUGUAAAAUCUGUAUUUAUUCCAUCAAAUUUUUUAUCUGAAAAUAUCGGUAAAUUGACUCUCCUUAUUUCUCAUUUUAGUUCUUGGCCUAAUAUUAAAAUCAUUGUCACUGAUGCUAAAGGGACAUAUUUGGCGUCUGUUUUACUUUUAGCUAAUUUAUAUAAUAUAGCUAUUCAUAUUUCCAAUGUGACUACUAGAGAUGAUAUAUUAUUGAUAUCUUUAAGCAAAAAAAAAGGUCUUAAAGUCUCAUGUGAUGUUUCUAUUUAUGCUUUAUUUCUUUCUCAGUCUGAUAUUAGUGAAUCUAAAAUUUUGCCUACUGAUUUGGAUCAGAAAUCAUUAUGGGAACAUAUGGAAAUAAUUGAUUGCUUUUCAGUUGGAAGUUUGCCUUAUCAGAUUGCAUAUGAACUUAAUCAAAUAGAUUUUAGUUAUGUUAGAAUCUCGGAUACUCUUCCUUUAUUAUUUACUGCAAUGACUGAUAAAAGGCUUACAUUGGAUGAUAUAUUGUUAAGAUUAUAUUAUAAUCCAAAGUCUAUUUUUGGUAUUCCAGAACAAGCAAAUACUUUUCUGGAGGUUGAAAUUGAUAGAAGCUAUACUUUAAAUUCUUCUGAUGGAUGGUCUCCUUUUAUUGGUAGAAAGAUGAUAGGAUCGAUACAUCGUGUAGUUUUUAAUGGUCAAACAUCAUAUCUUGAUGGGAAAUUUUUUCCCAAUUAUCAAGGAAAAGAUAUAUCUUUAAUAUUGAGUAGUUCAGCUUUGUCUUCAGCAGAUAUUCCUAUAGUUUAUACAAAAAAAGAUGUAAGUCUAAGGCCACUUGUUUCUUCCCCUGGACCUUUAAAUGACUUAACUUCACCAUUAGCUGGUUCUGAACAGUUUAGAAAAAAAUAUGAGUCUUUUGGUUCUUGUAUUUCAGAUACAGGUGCUUUAUUUUCUUUGAUUAAAAAUACAAAUUUUUUUCGGAAGAAUAUUGUUUCUGUUCAGCAAUUUAGUCGCAGAGACUUACAUUUGUUGUUUGCUAUUGCUCAUGAAAUGAGAAUUGCUGUAGAACGUCAGGGUAUAUUGGAUAUAUUAGCAUCAAAAGUUCUUUGUAUGAUAUUUUUUGAACCAUCAACACGAACAUCAACUUCAUUCGAUGCUGCUAUGCAACGACUGGGAGGCCGUGUUGUUUCUGUUACUGUUAGUUCAUCGAGUGUAAAAAAGGGUGAAUCUUUGGCAGAUACUAUUAGAACUUUAGGGUGUUAUGGAGAUGCUAUAGUUAUAAGACAUCCCUCUGAAGAUAGUGCAAGUAUAGCUGCUAAGUAUUCUCCUGUUCCAAUUAUUAAUGGAGGUAACGGAAGUCUUGAACAUCCAACUCAAGCCUUUUUAGAUUUAUAUACUAUUCGUGAAGAGUUUGGAACUGUUAAUGGUUUGAGCGUAACAUUUGUUGGUGAUCUUAAAUAUGGUAGAACAGUUCAUUCUUUGAUUAAAUUGCUGCGCUUUUAUCAAGUUGAAGUUAACUUGGUUUCGCCUCGUGAAUUAACAUUGCCAGAAGAUAUUAAAGAAUUUAUAUUAAAUCAAGGUCAAGUUAUUAAUGAAUAUUAUACUUUAAAUGGUGAUGUUAUUGCUUCAACAGAUGUAUUAUAUUGUACAAGAGUUCAGGGUGAACGAUUUUCAGAUUUAGAAGAAUAUGAAAAACUUAAAAAUUCUUUUACAAUUGAUAAUAAUAUUUUGCUUAAAGCAAAACCUCAUAUGAUUAUUAUGCAUCCGUUCCCUAGAAAUAAUGAAAUUUCUGAAGAAGUUGAUUUUGAUCAGAGAGCUGCAUAUUUUCGAGAAAUGAAAUAUGGCAUGUUUAUUCGUAUGGCACUUUUAGUAGCGGUUUUAGGAACUAGUGAAAGAGUAUAG